AUGUCCACCACCACCACCUCCAACGACGACGAACAGAAUCGUGAGAAUCCCCGAAGCGAUCCCUCGGAAGCCCAAAUACAAGCGCCGCAAGUUCGCGAUAUUCUUUGCCUACUGCGGCGUGGGCUACCAGGGGAUGCAGAAGAACCCGGGCGCCAAAACCAUCGAAGGCGACCUCGAGGAGGCUCUCUAUUGUCCGGAGCCGUCCCCGAACUGGACAGGGGCCAACCGAGGCGGUACGACUGGGCCAGGUCCGCCCAUACAGACAAAGGCGUCAGCGCCGUCGGCCAGGUGGUAUCGGGCCGGUUCUACGUCGACCCACCCGGCUUCGUCGAGCGGCUCAACUCGAACCUGUCCCCGCAAAUCCGAAUUUUCGGAUACAAGCGGGUCACGCCGUCGUUCAAUGCGAAGAAGUUCUGCGACCGGCGGAGGUAUGUUUAUCUGAUCCCGCUGUUCGCAUUUGAUCCAUCUUGUCAUCGGGAUAGGGAGAGCGUGUUGGCCAGCGUGGGGUCCGGAAAUGAGCGUGUUCGGAAAGAGGAAGGAAGGUUUUGGGGGUUAUGGGUAAGUGUAGUUAUGAGUCGAAAGGAGUUUCUAUGA